AUGGAUCCAAGGUGUAGUAGUGCACAGGCUAGAGGGGAUGAUGCAGGGCCUUCCAGUAUGGCUAGAAGAGAUUUUGAUGCUCUACUACGUAAUGUCACCCAGCAGGUGAUGUCAGAGAUGGUUAGGAGUUUGGGAGGAUGGAGCUACAUGAUUGAGCAGUUCACACGGAUGAGACCUCCAUCGUUUUCUAGAGGAGCUGACCCACUGGUGGCUGAGAACUGGGUCCAAGACAUAAAGGAUAUAAUGGUUAUUCUUCCAUGUACAGAUGAGCAGAAAGUUUUAUUUGCGACAUUUAAGCUGACGGGGGAGGCAAAGCGAUGGUGGAGAUCAACGAGGUUGUUGGAGGAACAGAGACCAGACCCUGUAAUGGUGAUGUCGUACCACUUCAGGGAGAUCUUUUACAAGAGGUACUUUCUUGUUACUGUUAUGAGUGCGAAGGCGGCGGAAUUUCUACAUUUGACGCAGGAACCAAUGACAGUACAGCAGUAUGUGGCUAGAUUCAUUAAACUGUCUCGGUUUGCUCCUUAUUUGGUACCAGAUGAGGAGAGGAGGGCGAGGAAGUUUGCAAAGGGUCUGAGGCAAAGUCUAUAUGAGCAGGUUAUAGGCUUUUGGGCUCAGACAUUUGCAGAGGUAGUAGACAGAGUUAGAGUGAUUGAGGGUGGCUUUCAAAAAGGUACCGCAACAUAG